UGUUUCAUACUCAAUUACUCAUCUUUCCUUUUUCCACAUCAAGCUUAAAAAAAAAACAAAGUAGAGGAAAUUAUCUCCAAACACACAUAAAUCAGAGAGAAACAAAAGAGAUUGCACAACAACAACAAAAAUGAGACCCUUGAGCGUACAGUCGAAGUUUGGAGAUGUGGCAACGUCAACCUCCGUGAAUCACCACGGAGUGACGCCGCAAUCACCGUGGCACUCGCCGGUCCCCUACCUCUUCGGCGGUUUAGCGGCGAUGCUUGGACUAAUCGCCUUUGCUCUUCUCAUCCUCGCUUGUUCUUACUGGCGCCUGUCUUCCUCCGGCGAAGGAGAUGGUCAGAACGUCGAUGAAGAGAAAGAGAGUCGGUCUGGAGAUAAGGCGGCGAAUGGAGCUUACGAGGAGAAGUUUCUUGUCAUAAUGGCCGGAGAAGAUUUGCCGAGGUAUCUCGCAACACCGGCGAUGAAAAAGUGUACGUGUGGUGGUCACGAGGGUAAAAUGGUGAUUUCUCAGGAGGAAAGUGUUGCCAAAGAGGAAGAGAAGAUGAGAGAAGGUGAAGAGAAAGUGAAAGAUACCGACGAAACAACAACUACAAGUCACUAAGCCUUUUUUAUAUUUUAACUUUUUUGUUCUUCUUAAUUUACGUCUUUUUUUGUUCUUCUUUUUGAGAGUUUCCUGGGGAAUUGUCCUUCUCAUGAUUCCUAGGAAUGUAAAUUUUACUAGAGAGCAAAAUUUUGGGGGGUUUUUACUUGUUCUGUAGUGUUUAUCGUUUGAUCUAUUAAACCCUUUUAUUCCAA